GCACAGUACCACCACCACCACUGCUCAUUAUUCAGCCAGCCAGCUAGAUGGCCGCGGCGGCGGCGACCACCUGCAGCAGCUGCAGGAGGACGCGCCCGGCCCUUCCUGCACCGGCGGCGGCACUCGUAGUGGCGCUGCUAGCAGCAGUCCUCGGAGCAUCUGCAGGAGCAGGGCAGCAGCUCGAUGUGGGCUACUACAGCAAGACGUGCCCGGCCGCCGAGGACAUUGUGCGCAACGAGACGGCGGCGGCCGUCAGGGAGUCGCCGGACCUCGCCGCAGCGCUCCUCAGGCUGCACUACCACGACUGCUUCGUCCAGGGCUGCGACGCGUCGGUGCUUCUGGACUCUACCCCCGGCAACACGGCCGAGAAGGACGCCAUGCCCAACGGCAGCCUCCGUGGCUUCGACCUCGUCGCCCGCGUCAAGGACCACCUCGAGACGGCCUGCCCGGCCACCGUCUCCUGCGCCGACAUCCUCGCCCUCAUGGCCCGCGACGCCGUCGCCCUGUCCAAGGGCCCCUCCUGGCCCGUCGCGCUCGGCCGCCGCGACGGCCGCACCUCCGCCGCUGCCACCUGCGCCCAGCUGCCCCCGCUGCGCGGCGACAUCAACCUCCUCCUCCAGGCCUUCGCCGCCAAGGGCCUCGACGCCAGGGACCUCGUCGUGCUCUCCGGCGCCCACACGCUCGGCAAGGCGCACUGCCCCUCCUACGCCGACCGCCUCUACCCCUCAUCCGCCGACCCCGCCCUCGACGCCCGCUACGUCGACAGGCUGCGGAUGCGCUGCAACGCCGGCGACAGCAACAGCACGUCGGAGCUCGACCCCGGGAGCUGCGUCACCUUCGACACCAGCUACUACCGCCACGUCGCGCGCCGCCGCGGCCUGCUCCGCUCCGACGCCUACCUCAUGGACCACCGCUUCACCAGGGCCUACGUGCUGCAGGCCGCCUCCGGCAGGUACGACGGCCACUUCUUCCACGACUUCGCCGUCUCCAUGGCCAAGAUGGCCUCCAUCGGCGUGCUCACCGGCGACCAGGGAGAGAUCAGGACGAAAUGCAACGUCGUCAACUGA